AUGUGGAUCAUGACGCCUAGCCAUCUCCUCUCGUUCUUGGAGGAAGGGAAGGUGAACAUUAGCAGCUGUACGCUUCUGGUGCUGGAUGAAGCUGAUCGGAUGAUGGCGAUGGGUUUCGAGAAAACGCUUCGCUCAAUCUCGGCCCCCGUCCGACCUGAUCGUCAGACGCUCAUAUUCGUCAACUCUAGAUCGAGGGAGAUUGGAGACCUUUCCGAGUGCUUGCUUAAUGACUAUCUCCAGGUUAGCAUCGGGCAUUGCAAGCUGGUAGAGAACCAGCGGGUCGAGCAAAUUGUCAUAAUCUGCGAGAAAGCUCAGAAAUGUGAACGGCUCGUCGCCUUGUUACACGACAUUCUUAGAGAAAGAGAGGACAAGGUCAUCGUCUUCGUCGAGACUAGGUUGAUGGCGGACGAAAUGGUGAUCGAGUUACGACACCGGGACUGGUCCGUCGUCGGCAUCCAUGGGGCGAAGACGAGAGACGAGCGACAGAAGGCGCUGGACGCGUUCAAGUCGGGCUCUUCGAGCAUUCUGGUGCUGACCGACGUUGCAGCUCAGCAGCUGGACGUCGACCGUGUGCGCUUCGUCGUCCACUACGACCGACCGGCGAACGCGGACGUCUACGUGAACCGGGUGCGUCGAGCUCUGACGGAUCAGGAAUGGCGUACGCCUUUCUGGCUCCUGACGACGCGCGUCACCCGAAAGAGCCCGUCUCUCACCUUCUAG